AGAGAGGAGUACUUCUUGUGAACUCAGAAGAGCGCAGGAGAGAGAAGAGAGAGAUUUGGGACUCGCUGCUGAUCGCUGGCUGCUACGGGCUGGGUUUUUUUUUACGACUUGGUUUUAUUUUUUUAUUUUUUUUUCCUUUUUUUUUUUUACAAAAAGGCUUUAAAAUCAUAUAGGUAUAUAUUUCAAAUGAGCGCAGAUUGAGGGCGAUCACACUCUCUGCGUGGUUUUUUUUGUGAGGGACCGGGCUGUGGGGUUGGAAUACAGAUCAAGAAUCGGAGGAAAUGUGAUAUUAUUAUUAUAAUUAUCAUUAUCAUUACUAUCCUUAUUGUGAUUGCGGCUCCAGAUGAACGUUUCCCCUUGUGGAUAUACUGAAAGAAACAGCGACGACGGCUGCAUCGAUAACAGCAACACCGCCGAUUCCUUCUCCGUCUUCUCUCCCGAGAAAGAGCUCAAGAAAUCGUGUCCGGUUUCUUCCCUGUUUCCGUCGGAUCCCGUCAGACAGGCUAAGCGCCUGCCGAUCCGGGUUUUGAAGAUGCUCAGUGCGCAUACCGGGCACUUAAUGCAUCCGGAGUACCUGCAGCCGCUGACAUCCGCGCCGAUCAGCAUCGAGUUGGAUGCUAAGAAGAGCCCGUUGGCCCUGCUGGCUCAGACCUGCUCCCAGAUCGGAAAGCCGGAUCCCCCGCCUUGCUCCAAGCUAAACUCCGCGACUUCCAACGGCGUCAGCGACAAGGACUCUGCAAACAGAUCGGCCCAUCCUAGCACGAAACACGGCGCCGGCGACCACCACCAGUCCGUCGACGACAAGUCCAGCUUCAAGCCUUAUGCCAAAGCCGGGGGCGAGUCGAGGAAGGACGGCUCCAACUCGGGGAACGGAGACAGCAACAAAGCGGGCUACCGGCUACCCGGCGGCGCCUGCCCGCCUUUCCCCCCGCACCCCGCCUCCUCCCCGAAUUCCCGGGUCGGCUCCCCGCAGCAGCAGCAAGGACACACGCCGCACGAAGCGAAACAGAGCGGCGAUUUAAUCAGCCAGGAUAAAAAGGAGCAGCAAGAGCUCUCCAGGUCUGCGGAAGCUCAGCUGGCCAACUCCAGCCACGUCCGGGCCAGCGCCAACUCGAGCAACGCCAGCUCCCAGUGCAGCCCGCACCACGGCGGCAGCGACGCGGGGAAAGCGGAGCCGCCGCAGCCGCAGCAGCAGCAGCACGGGCACGCCGCGUUGGGGUCGGGCCACGUCGCGCCGGUGUCCCCUUACAAACCGGGCCACUCCGUGUACCCGCUACCGCCUUCCAGCUUGGGUUACCACGGCUCCAUCGUGGGGGCCUACGCCGGCUACCCCACACAUUACGGUUUGGAUCAUACCAAGACCAGCCUGGUUGGGGGGCAGCUCGGGGUGCCUGGAAAACACCCGAGCUCCAGCCCACUGACGGGCGCCUCUCCGCCUUCUUUCAUGCAAGGAUUAUGCCGGGACCCUUACUGUCUGACGUACCCCAACGCGCCCCACUUGGGGGGCAGCAACUGCUCGUCCUGCGUCCACGACCACUCCUCCACGCUGAAAUCGGGGUACCCCCUGGUGUACCCCACCCACCCCCUGCACUCCCUCCACGCCUCCCCCCUCACCUCCAGCGCCACCCCAACCCUCUCGGGGCACCCGCUCUACACCUACGGCUUCAUGCUGCAGAACGACCCGGCGCCGCACAUUUGUAACUGGGUGUCGGCCAGCGGACCGUGCGAUAAGCGCUUCGCCUCUUCGGAGGAGCUGCUGGCCCACCUCCGAACCCACACAGCCCUCCCCGGGGCGGACAAGCUGCUGGCGGGGUACCCGGGUGCAUCGUGCCACCUCCACCUCCCUUCCACGAGCCCGGGUAGCCCGACCGCUUUACCCGGUACCUUCUCGUUGAGAAGCCCGCACAGCCUGGGACUGAGCCGGUACCAUCCUUACAGCAAGAGCCACAUGCCAGCAAGCGGGCUGCCCGUGCAUGCGCUGCAGACCGCGCCUUACUACUCCCCUUACGCACUCUACAGCCAGAGACUGACGUCAGCUUCCGCUUUAGGUUAUCAGUAGCAUUAGUAAGUAUUAGUGGUAUUAUUAUUAUUAUUAUUAUUAUUAUUAUUAUUAUUAUUAUUAUUAUUAU